CUCUUUUUAGAACCGUCCAGACCUUCAUCCCCUGUAUAAAUUCUCUGCCUCCACUCCCACGCACACACUUCUACACGCACCACACACACUACAAGCUCGCAUCACGAAUGGCUAGAAUGGGCGAAGGCGACAAGCGCUGGAUCGUGGAAGACCGUCCUGACGGCACCAACGUCCACAACUGGCACUGGUCUGAAACCGAUUGUCUUGAGUGGUCUAGGAAUUUCCUCAGUAACCUUCUGUCCGACAAGACCCUUCUCUCCGGCGAAGGGAAUAUAUUCAUCAAGACCAAGAAACUUGAGAAACUUGAGGGAGAAGCCUACGUCAAUGUUCGUAAGGGCAAGAUAAUACCUGGGUAUGAGUUGAAUUUGGUUCUUUCUUACCAGGCUGAGGCCAAAGAUUCUGAUGGAAGUUCGGUGAUCUUGAGCACUGAGGGUUCUGUCGAAGUGCCUUAUAUUUCCGAUGAGAAUGCCGGUGAGGAUCCCGAGAUUAGAAUUACUAUUAAAGACGACGGGCCGAUUGGGAAAAGGUUGAAGGAGGCUUUCAUUGCUAAGGGGAAGCCUUUUGUGUUCGAAAAAAUUAGGGAAUAUGUAGAUUUAAUGGCAAAAGGUGGGCCUGCUAAGGAUGAUUUGGAAGCCAAGAAAGUUACUGCCAAGAAACCAGCUGCGAGUAAUAGUGCGGCUAAUAAUAGCAGUUCGGUUGCAAAGGAGGUUAAGAAGAAAGAUGAAAAGAAAAAGGAGGGUUUUAAGACGAUAACAAUGAGCGAGAAGUUUAGUUGUCGAGCGAGGGAUUUGUAUGAGAUCUUGAUGGACGAAAAUAGGUGGAAGGGGUUUACACAGAGCAAUGCGAGAAUAAGUAAGGAGGUCGGAGGGGAAUUCAGUAUCUUUGAUGGGUCCGUGACAGGGAAGAAUUUGGAGUUGCAGGAAGGGAAAUUGAUUGUUCAGCAGUGGAGGUUUGGGAGCUGGCCUGAUGGCAUUGUGUCCAGGGUGCGCCUUACUUUUGAUGAGCCUGAAUCAGGGGUAACAAUUGUUAAGCUCACACACACUGAUGUGCCAGAGGAGGACAGGUAUGGGAAUGCAACUGUGGUCGAGAAUACUGAGAGGGGAUGGAGAGAUCUUAUAUUUCACAAAAUACGGGCGGUUUUUGGUUUUGGAAUAUGAAUUUUGGAGAUUUACUAUCUUUUGAUUGUAGAACUUUGUUCUGAUUCAGUUUUCUACACAAAUUGUGAAUUUGGUUCCUAGUCCCCAGUGCUUUGUGGGUGCUGCGACAUUAAUGGCUGAUUGAUGAACUUUCAGCUAUAGUUGCUGUUUCUCAUCCAUCUUAUGUUUGAACAUCAUAUUUGAUUGGGACUGAAAAAUGUGUUUACGACA